CGGGCCAGGGCGAAAGUGGUGAGUUGUUCGAGACAAUUAUGUGCAUCGCCCUUGCUUGCUCGAUCCUCGGAGACAACGCCCCCUGCCUUCUUAGACUUUUGCUUCUGGGUCCCUUAGGCACCGGAAAGGGCCACCGCAUGCAUUGGCUUAAGGAAUCGGACCUGAAUUACUUAGGAAAGAUUUCCGACGGUCUUUGGAGAACUGGGACGAAAAAUCCGCUUAUUAAUAUUAAUAAGGUCGACUUUAAGGGGAUGCCGCCGCAAGAGUUGGCCGCAUGGAAGAUCUUCCUUGGAAAGCAGCGCAAGGGUCACCCCCUUAGGGGACCUAUAAUCGCCGUGUCCACCAACAACAAGCGCGACGAGAUUCCACAAGCAAUCUUAAGGAGGUGCUUGGUUAUCGAGACAGUCUCCCUUAAUAGUGAUGAAGUCGGGUAUACCGCGGACGGCGUCUUGAUCGGUUCGACCUCGGACAUGAAUAUUGUUUCGACUAUGCGGUCUUUUAGGGAGGCUCUGUACAGCAGCACGAAGCCAAUCGAGAAGCUCCUACCUGAUGAGGAGGUGCUACGGGCAAAGGCGAUCAAAGUCGGUCAAGAGGUGCACACGAAGUUUAAAUCAUUUGCCGCAAAAUUGAACGCCGACCCAGGGGGGCGAACUAUCCAGAGAGUCCUGGCCUUUGUUCAGUGUUUUGCCAUGGGGUAUGUUUUGUUAUACAAAGAAGGCAUCCCGGACGACGCUCGUUUUGAGAGGUUGAUCGAGUCUCUAUCUGCGUUGAUAGAGAAAGAGCCGAAGCCAGAGAAAGAGCCGAAGCCGGAGGAGUAA